AUGUUCUCAUUUCCGUGCGUCGGCUGCUACUUCGAAUGGCGGCACCAAUGGUCAUCCGACCGCCGCUACUUUUUCCUUUUCUUAGCUGACAGAACGUUUCUUCUCAGACUGUAAAGUAAUCCGUUAAUGAAGUGUUGUUAGUUAAGUUUCCUUGCUGUUUGGGUCCCUUAGGAAGAACAUCUUUGGUUUCGUUACCGAGUUCACCGUUAAAUCUUCCCAUUUCUUCACAAUGACCCGACCUGCUGAUCACGAGGAACUUGUGAUAAUGGAAGUUAGACUUGUGCGAUAAUUUUAGACAGCUCGAUGAAGUAAAACCAAGUGAAACUUCUCAAAACUGACCAGUGUGUGAGUUGAUUUUCUGUCGACAUACAUCAAAGAAGAAAAAGAAAGUGACUGAUAUCAUGGACUGAUAGGCAGUAGUAUGUGGCCGAGAUUAAGACGAUCCCGUCGUCUGUCGACGAUCAUUUUCUUGAUCGUUGUACUCGUUGGCACGCUUCUUAUUUGGUCUUGGAGUGGAGAGAAAAGCAUUGAUCGGCGAGAUGAUUUUAUCUUAUUACGAUCACAUGACGAUCAAAAAGAUUACAUUGAUCGUCGAGGAAUUCACGUAGUAGUCGGUCACUACAUAGGAGAUUCUGUAGAUCCAUUGAAAACUCCAAAUAUCACGAAAGAUGUGAUUAAUCAAAAUUUAUUCGAUCCGCGACCAUUCGAAGGUAAAAAUGGAGAACCCGUAGUAAUACAUCCAAAAGAUUUUUACAAGAUGCAACAAUUAUACCAAAUUAAUCGGUUUAAUUUAAUGGCUAGCGAUAGGAUACCGUUAAAUCGUUCUUUACCCGACGUCAGGAAAAAGAAAUGCAUCUCCAGAUAUGCAAAUUUGGGUAAAUUACCGAAAACAUCGAUCAUCAUAGUAUUUCAUAACGAAGCAUGGAGCACUCUGUUAAGGACAGUGCAUAGUGUCAUUGAUAGAUCUCCGAGAGAAUUAUUAGAAGAGAUUAUUCUUGUCGACGACAACAGUGAAAGAGAAUUCCUGAAGAAUCCUUUGGACGAAUAUGUGAAGAAACUAAGUGUGCCCACGAAAGUUUUACGAUCCACUGAACGUGUAGGAUUGAUAAAGGCAAGACUUUUGGGAGCGAGUGAUGCUAAGGGCGAAGUUCUCACUUUUCUCGAUGCCCACUGCGAAUGUACGGUUGGAUGGUUGGAACCACUGCUCGAGGCAGUCGGUAAAAACGCAACGAGAAUAAUUUCUCCGGUAAUCGACAUCAUAAAUGAUAAUACGUUCAGUUACACAAGAUCGUUUGAGCUCCACUGGGGCGCAUUCAACUGGGACUUGCACUUUCGCUGGCUGACUUUGAACGGCCGUCUAUUGAAGGAGAGGCGCGAGAGCAUCGUCGAGCCGUUUCGAACGCCCGCAAUGGCAGGUGGAUUAUUUUCAAUGAAUAGAAAUUAUUUUUUCCAAUUAGGCAGCUACGACGAUCAAAUGCGUAUUUGGGGAGGGGAGAAUUUGGAAUUGUCAUUCCGAGCUUGGCAAUGCGGUGGCAGUAUCGAGAUCGCCCCUUGUUCUCAUGUCGGGCAUCUCUUUCGAAAGUCCUCUCCGUACACCUUCCCGGGCGGUGUCGGUGAUAUUUUAUACGGCAAUCUCGUUAGAGUCGCCUCCGUAUGGAUGGAUCAAUGGGCGGAGUUCUACUUCAAGUUCAAUCCUGAGGCAGCGAGAUUGAGAUAUAAGCAGCAAGUUCGCUCGAGGUUAGCUUUACGCGAGAAACUGCAGUGUAAAAGCUUCGAAUGGUACUUAGAAAACGUGUGGCCCGAACACUUUUUUCCUACGGAUGACCGAUUUUUCGGCAGGGUAAUACACGCUACAACAAAUAGAUGCCUUAUGCGGCCGACCGCGAAAGGUUCUUACACGCAACCGUCAGGACACGCGGUCCUACACUCGUGUAUACCGCGGCCGAUGCUCAGCCAGAUGUUUGUGAUGACUAAAAACGGAGUGAUAAUGACGGACGAGAGUGUGUGCUUGGAUGCACCGGAACGAGAUACGCAGCAAAAAACGCCGAAAGUAAAGAUAAUGGCAUGCAGCGGUCGCGACAGACAAAAGUGGCAAUACGACAAACAAACAAAGGUACUUUUGCACGUGCCCUCUGGAAUGUGCCUUCAAGCAACAACGAAUAGUGAUACACCCGAAAUAGCGGCUUGCACUAAGAAUGUUGAUCAACAAUGGAUCUUAAAAUCCGUCCCUUGGAAGUGAUGACGACGCACUGCGUUAUCUGCAAAGAAGAGAAGAAUGGCAGUGCCUUAAUGAACUCAGUCUACGAGUAACAAUAUAUACUCUCAUCGCGACGUGCCAAACUGAGGCGACAGCGUUGGCACGCGUGUCUCUCUGAUUUCAAUGGAGAGUUAAUAUUUUUGUACUUUUAUACUGGCAGAAACAGAUAUGUUUACUCUGUGACAGGGUUUAAAUUGUACAAUCGAAAAAAGAAAAAAAUGAGAACA